AUGACAGCUCAUGGAGGAAUGAUUAAGCUAAUAUUGAGAGGAAGUUUCUUAGGGAAAUUUAUUUACAAGGUAUCUGGUGGUAAAUUACUAAUUCAUAAAGAAGAUCAUACGGAUUAUGUUAUACCUGAGAAAUACAUCUCAAAACAAAGCUUGCUAGCGAGUAAGGACUCAUCAAUUGAAAAAGAAGAAGAAUUCAUAGGCACAGGUUCACAAGAUGGUAUAUCAACAACUAAUGACUUAGAAUCAAAAUAUAUUAUUGUUACUUGGGAUGGUGAAGAUGAUCCAGAAAAUCCAAAUAAUUGGCCAUUACCUAUUCGUAUCUAUGUUAGUUUCAUAACUGGUGUCAUGUCAACAUUCACAUAUAUCGCUUCAGCAAAUUAUACACCAGGUUUAAAACAAUUACAAGAUGAAUUUGGAAUUGAUCAUACUAAGGCAACACUACCCUUAUCAUUGUUUGUUAUUGGGUAUGGUAUUGGACCAAUGAUUUUCAGUCCAUUAUCUGAAUAUAAAUCAAUUGGAAGAGUUAGAAUAUUCAUCAUUACAUUAGCAAUUUUUUCAAUCUUACAAAUCCCAACAGCUUUAGCUAAAAAUAUUACUUCAUUAACUAUAUUAAGAUUUAUUGCUGGUAUUUUCUCUUCUCCUCCCCUUGCAAUGGGUGGUGGUGUCUUUGUUGAUAUGUAUUCACUACCUUAUAUGCCUGUGGGACUUGCACUUUGGGGGAUUGGUGCUUAUUUAGGUGUUAGUUUAGGUCCAGUUGUUGGUGCUGCAUUACAAGUUGGUACUAAUGAUUGGAGAUGGAGUUUUUGGUUUUUAUUGAUUGUAUCAGGUGCAUUAUUAUUUCUUUACCUAACUUUUGUUCCUGAAACUUAUCAUCCUAUGAUUCUAAAUGAAAAAGCUGAAAGAUUACGUCGUUUAACUGGAAAUCCAAAUAUAAUCAUCCAAGAAGAUUUAAAUUCAAAUCAUCAAUCCAUAAGUGGAUCAUUGAAAGAGAUCUUAUGGAGACCUAUUGAAAUAGGAAUUUUUGAACCUGUUAUUAUGUUAAUUAAUAUUUAUAUCUCUGUGAUGUAUGCAAUUAUGUAUCUUUGGUUUGAAGCUUUUCCUUAUUAUUAUGGUGAAGUUCGUGAAUUUUCCAUAAUGGGAUCAGGUUUAACUUAUCUUUCAAUUGUUAUUGGAACAUUAUGUGGGGCUUUGAUUUAUAUUUGUUUAACUUUUAAACAGUAUACUUAUCCAUUAUUAAGAAAAGAAACUGUUCACCCAGAAGCAUUCUUACCAAUUGCUAUACUUGGUAGUAUUUUGUUACCUUUAGGAAUCUUUAUAUUUGGAUGGUCAGCCACCACAACAAAUCAUUGGUUUGGUUCAUUAAUUGGUGGUGCUAUAUAUGGUGCAUCUGGUAUCAUCAUGUUUCAAACGUUAUUAAAUUAUGUUGGUAUGUCAUUUUUCAGAUUUGUUGCUUCUGCAUUUGCAAGUAAUGCAUUUAUGAGAUCAGUUGUUGGUGGAUGUUUCCCAUUAUUUGGUAGAGCUUUAUUCAAAAAUCUUUCAACAAAGAAAUUCCCUGUUGCAUGGGGUUCAACUAUCUUGGGAGUUAUAACUUUCUUAUUGAUUUCUGUCCCGGUUUUGUUUUAUUUUAAUGGUCCUAAAUUAAGAGCAACAUCUAAAUAUGCUGGUACUGGUGAUGAAGAAGUUGAUAAACAAUUUAAAAACGAUGGUCAUUGA